CCCCUUGGAGGGGGCCUCUCAGGGGCGGCUUCUUGGUAUUGACCAAUGGGGAAGCCGCUUUCCUCUUGGUCCCGCCCCCUCCCUCUGUAGGAACGCGCCAGAGGACAGUAUCACCAUGGCCAGCCGCAUGACUGAUAGCCAUCGUCGAUUCCUCCAGGUACUGAUGUCUAAUGGAAUAAUAGAUGCACCUGAGGCAAGACGGCUACAUAGAUUUUUCUGUGAGCAGCAUAAAGUGUACUAUGCCCAUGACAAAUUGGAUGACUUCGUUGGCGUUAUUAACACAUUUCUGCGUCCAUUGUUUAUGGAAAUCAGGAAAGGACGCUCAGAAGAUCAUGGAAAGAUGUUUUAUGCUCUGGUGAAUCUUGCAAUAACAGAAGCUACCAAAGUGGCAUCUGACUAUGCAGAAAAUGAAUUGGAAUUAUUUAAAAAAACUAUGGACUUGAUUGUUGAAUCAGAAAGUGGCUAUGCAUCAUCCACCAGUAUUUUAAACCUGUCCAACAAACUCCAGAGCAAAAAAAUGAAGAAGAAGGAAGCAGAACAAGUGCUCCAGAUGUUUGUGCAGGACAAGUGGCUUUCAGAAAGACAUGGUGAAUACACUUUACAUACUCGCUGCAUCAUGGAAUUGGAUCAGUAUAUAUGCGAGACGUAUCAGGAUGUCAAAAAGUGCAACAUCUGCCACAGCCUUGCCAUUCAGGGCCAGUCCUGUGAUACCUGUGGAAUUAAAAUGCAUUUACCUUGUGUUACAAAGUAUUUCAAAUCUCAGCCUGAGCCACACUGUCCUCAUUGUAAUGAAGUAUGGCCUCAUGAGACUCGAGAUUUAAUUCUACCAGAUUCCCAUUUGCCAUCCAGGACCCCAAGAACACCUAGAAGAGUCUCAUCUUCAGAAACAAAGUGAUGUUGAGUUCAGUAUUGAGUCAGGAUUUUCUGCACUGGCAUUAAACAUUCAGAUAUGUUCAAAAGGAUAAAAUGUACUAAAUGAUCCUAUUUUGAACUGAAAAAUCCAUUUUUAAUGGUUUUAUAUUAAUUAGCCCUGCUUAUUUGUAUUGACUUGCUAAUAAUCUAAGUAAAAUAAUUUUAAUGAG